CCACCAGGAAAUGGAGGAGGAGGAUGAUGAUGAUGAUGAUGAUGAUUGUGUCGCUGCAGCCAACGGACGCGCGCACACACACACGCACUCCGCAGCAGAACUGGGAGGAGAAACCAGCAACAGGCAACGAGAACUUCGAGCACUGUGAGGUUUCGUGCAGCUACGGGUGAAGAUGAGCGACGCCGGUCAGCCCAAACUUGAACUUUUCGUGAAGGCAGGAAGCGAUGGUCAGAGCAUCGGCAACUGUCCUUUCUCUCAGCGUCUCUUUAUGGUGCUGUGGCUUAAGGGAGUCACCUUUGACGUUACCACAGUGGAUAUGAAGAGGAAGCCAGACAUCUUGAAGGACCUGGCACCGGGUGCUCAGCCUCCCUUCCUGUUAUACGGCAGCGAGGUGAAAACUGACACCAACAAGAUUGAGGAGUUCCUGGAAGAGCAUCUCUGCCCUCCAAAGUAUCCUCGUCUGGCUGCUCGUAACCCAGAGUCCAACACGGCAGGCCUGGACGUCUUCUCCAAGUUCUCUGCCUACGUCAAGAACUCAAACCCUCAGACCAAUGAAAAUCUAGAGAAAGGCCUCCUGAAGGCUCUGAAGAAGCUAGACGACUACCUCGGCUCCCCACUUCCUGAUGAGAUCGACGAGAAUAGCGCCGAUGAGCUCACUUCCUCGUCACGCCCUUUCCUGGAUGGCCAGGCGCUCACUCUGGCUGAUUGCAACCUGCUGCCUAAGCUCCACAUCGUGAAGGUGGUGUGCUUGAAAUACAGACAAUUCACCAUCCCUCAGAGUCUGACAAACCUCUGGAGGUACCUGAACGCUGCCUAUGCAAGGGAGGAGUUCUCUUCCACCUGCCCGGUUGACGAGGAGAUCUACUUCGCCUACUCCUCUGUAGCUAAAGCUCUCAAGUAGGGAUAGAACAGGGGGUUACAUGUUCUGAAUAUACCAGCAGAGCAACAUAGGAAAGCACAAAAUACACACACACACACACACACUCAUGAAUAUUCACUCUGCAAGCAGCAUGGUCGAUCCUUUUCUUUGUAAACUGGAGCGCUGCAGGAAUCUUUUGUUACGCCUGCAGGUUAAUUUCUUGCACCCUUAUACGCCAGUAUCACCUUUCGCAGUGUUGGCGCUAGUUUACAUUGUUUUUCCUCACCUGAAACUGGGUCGGUUUACAUCAGCAAGGGAAACAAGGAAGCUCGGGAAAGCGCAAGUGAAAGCAAUUACAUGCAAGUAGUGCAACUUUUAACCCCAUUAAACUUCCUCCUCCGAUUGGUUCUUUCACGGGUCACGUUCUCCGGUUGCCGACCACGUUGCUCGCAGGAGCGCACAUCCACAUCGUCAUCGCACUCGUCUAACUACAGCCCUGCUUAUGUACAGUUUCACCAUGAGCAGAUACACACUGACGCUUCUUGUUCCUUUCUUCUUCAAGACAGUUGCUACAGUAUGUUUUGGUUUUUUUGUUAUUUUUCCUGGUAGUAAUUUCAACAGACACAAAGCUGCCUGACAGAUCAAACUUUUCAUAUGUAACGUUGCAGGCUUCCCCCAGGCAGAUUCAGCUCUCGUUUCUCUGGUUAAGGAAGUGAAAUUUGCAUAUCAGUUCCAGAUCACCUGCCAAAGAGUCUUUUGUACUGAGCCUUUCACAUGGACUUUAUUUCGUUACUGAGGGUACAAGGCCUUUUUACAGUACAAAAUCUUUUUUAUCCUUUAAUUAAAAGCCAAGUUUUGUCUAAGUGUUAGAUUGCUUAUUCUUUGUAGUGCACCUCAGAGAGGAAAGGGGUGCAUACCGGGUCUCGCUGAAGAGCUGAAAACAGUUACAGAGACAGGAAACUGUUUCAAUAGAGGCGGGCUUCCCCUUUCUGUGCUCCCACACAGCAGGCGUGAAGGAUUAUUUAAGAUUACCAAGCGUCUAUGUGAUCCGCUGUGAGGGCCCAUUGCCAGUCAUUUAUUCAGUGCUGCCCAGUGGGUAUUGAAGGAGGUGCAGGAUGAAGCGUAUUUGUGUUUCUCACUGUCAGUUACUCCCAUGAAAACGCUUUCUAAUUCUAACGCUUUGUACAAAUUAAAUCAGCUGCACGAAAUAUAACAUUUAGUCUUCUUGCUAACACGAUGAAUUACUUCUACUGCUUAUCUGGUGUAAGCACUGUGUAAGCAUUGCCAUUGAAUGCUACCAAAAGAAGCCAAAACUACGGAUUAUAUAAAAGGUGUUUGUAGCCACCAUGACAUCAUUUCCUUUUUUUUUAAACAAUCUUUUGAAACCGGAUGUGACAAACGAGAGCCGAUUUGAAACUUUGCAUUCAUUGGCUUAUGACUUGUCAAUAAUUUGUCAUUGCCGUUAGCCAAUGUGCAUCCUAGAUACACCUUGGACUGACCAAAAUGUAUAAAAUGGACCCGAUGUUUUGUUUUAUCCAUUUAUGGUACUUUCACCUCCUUCAAACCUGACACAUAUAGGGACUACAUUAGCUUAUAGUCCCUUGAGGCUGGGUUUUAUUCUCAAACGGUGCAUCUUUCACAUGUAAAGCGAUUAUGUUAACUGCUACGCUGUUGAACCACUCUCUCUUAUUCAGUAUGAUCCAAAAUGAGUAACUCAGCCUAUUUAAGCUCUUCCAGAAACUGUUUACACAGGACAACUCCAAAGGCUGUUACCCCAUAGGUGGUCUUUUCAACCAGAGAAGUCCAACCCCAAUGGCCAUGAAAAAGGGUGGCCAUUUAAGGCACUUCCCUAUUGGUUUCACUCUUCAGACCAUGAAGUUACAUCUAUUUUUUAAUAGUCUGCAGUUACCAUGAGCCUGUUAAAGUGCUAUAAAACAUGCUAAACAUAGACAUUUUUUUAAAAAAAGGGGAAGGAUAAGCAUCAACAUAGCUACAGUUAUAAAACAACCAGGUUGAUAUAAAUAGAGUCUGAACAUUUAUAAUAUGUGGAUUUACUUUUCGAGAUUAGUGCACCACGUCAACUGCUAGUAUCUCCUGUCCAAAUGUCGUCUACAUUUUGAUAGAAACCAAGAAUUUUGGCCUUGUAACCAGUUGUAGGUUAAAUGCAUUGUUAGUGUUUUCACGGGACUUGCUGACAGUAAAAAUAUACCUGAACCAGCCUGAUCCUUUAAAAGCCUUGUGUCCUCAGAGAUGCCCUGUGGACUAAUCCACUCCUGGGAGGAAGUCCUCUGGUCUGAAAUUCCUGUUUAAGUGACUUGAAAUGAACUCGCUGCGAGGAACUGGAACUACUGGACAGCACGCCUUUUCUGACUUUAGGAGCAGCUUAUGAAGGAAAUAAUGAACUAACAUUUAUAGAGAGCUCUCAGGGAUGGGCCCUGUCUACAUGUGCAGUAGUAAAAAUUAAUUUCUGAGUUGUGUUUUUUCCCUUUUUUUCACACAAAAAACUUAAAUGGAAGCUUUUUAAAACCUCCGUCCACAGUGAAGACUCGCAAUAGGGAAACAGGAGGAAAAGGUGUGCGCCUUUAUUUCCUUUUUUGACAACAGGCUGGCUUCUAAUUGGCCAGCAUUCCUGUACAGUUAGGGUCACUUGUUGCGAUUAUGUCAAGCACCCUUGACGUAUUUCUUUUUUGCAUUUUUGUGUUACGAUUUUUUUUUCUGAACAAAAGCAAAAAAAUUCCAGUUUUAAAAGAACAUCCAUGUACGUGUGGACCGGGCUACAGUUUGUGCUGUAAACAUCUUUGUUGUGUGUCUCAGAUCAGGGGUGAAACUCAUUGACAAAAUAAACCUAAGUGCAAUUUAAGCAUAUUUAAGAAGACAAUCUUGAGUUAAACUUUAUUAGAAAAACAGCGGGAGCAAAGUCAAUUAUUUUUCUACAGAGGUUGUAAUCCCUCCGCAAUGACAUGCUUGGUAUUGAUCAAGUAGCUGAUGCAUUGUACUUGACUGAAUUGUUGGAUUUUAUCUAUUUUUUAAAGUGGAAUGAUGUUUAAAGGGACAGAGUCUGAAUAAUUUUAGUGCUAAUAUAUUGUAGUAUUUCUUCUCUCCGUGUGUGGAAGACUGUAGGACUUGAUGUAAUUUCAGGGACCACUUAAUAUGUUAAAUUAGACAAAUCAUUAAAUGCGUAGUUUGUUUCUCAAUUAACUGUUUUAACUUUUUUUAAAGAAUAUAUAUAUAUAUAUAUGUCAUCCAUGUCCGUUGUUAUCCAAACUGUGCUUUUUGCUUUGUUUCUUAACCAUCUUUUACUAUUUUAGCCUUUUAUUGUCUUUUUUUCCACUCAUUUUGCCAUCAUGUAGUCAAAAACAUCUAAACUUCAAAGUCCACUUGAUCAAAAGUAAAAGUGCUGACACACAAUCAGCAGGCUUAAAUCAUCGAUCAAGGCAAACUACUAGAGCAGCUGAAAUGUAUUUUGUACUUUAAACAUCUUACGAAGUAGGGUUUAUUAAUGUCCCAAUAAAAUAUCUUCAUAGUAAAUCA